UUCAGCCGAACCAGAGUUCGCAUUCACACCUCCAGAACCAAAUCGGAUUUAUAGGCAGACGGACCGGCGUGUCGCAGGAUUUUUCUGUGGGAGCAGAUCCUGAACCUGGAUCAGAACCAGAGUUCAACCAAGCAAAACCAAACCAAACCGUACUGAAGACCACCAGAACCUUCUAAGACUGAUAAAAAGCUUAAAGCCCUCAUCAUCUUCAGCUCUGCCUCCAGAAGGGAACUCUGGUUCUUGCUUACUGAAAACACAAACCCAAUAAUGAUUUCCUGAGUCCUAGUCGACCAAAACAAUCCAGAAACAUAAACAAAACGAAGCCGACCAGAACACCAAGGACGUCAUUGGUGUUCUCAUUUUAACAGGGGGAGUUUUUUAUUUCAGUUCUUUUCAUUUUGACCCGCCGGGUUUCAGCGGGGGGUUCUGCUGCGUCACCGGGUCAGGAAUGUGCUGCUGCAGCAGAUCAGACCGGCGAGCCGCUUUCUGGGUUCUGCUGCACUGCAGAAGGAUUCACACCGCUCAAACUGGGACUUUAUGUGAAAGGAGAACAUUCGGUGGUGAAUAACUGCGAAGAGAAGGACGAGGAUUUAAGCAUUUUUACAAAUGAAAAUCUGAAAAGUGCGGUGUCCAAGUGCAUUCCUUGGUUAAAGAAGCGACUGUGGUAGAUUUGAACAUUUACAAGAUUGGAUGGAGAACAUCUGGGAACAUCAAGUUUCAGAUCUUUCCACAGAUUAGUUGUUUUUAGGUCUGAACUUUGACUAGGCCCUUGUAUCUCUGACUGGGUGUUCCUGGUGGUCAUCCUGCUGGAAGGAGAACCUCAGGUCUUAGGUCUUCCAGCUCCAUCCAUCUUCUAAUCAACUCUAACCGGCUCCAACACAGCAUGAUGUUGCCACUGGCUGAUCUUACUCUGGUGAUGCGUUCAGGGAGAUGAACAGUGUUGGUUUUUCUCCUCACAUGGAGCCCCGACUUAUAUUGAAUCCCAUCCCUUCCAAUCUGAGGUCAGAGGCCAAGAAAGCUGCCAAGAUCCUGAGAGAGUUCACUCAGAUCUCCAACAGGACUGGACCGGACAAACUCAUCCCCGCUCAUAUCAUAGCCAAGGCUGAAGGUUUGGCCAUCAUCUCGGUCAUCAAGGCGGGCUUCAUGGUCACCGCCAGAGGAGGCAGCGGCGUCGUCAUAGCCAGACUCGCCGACAGGCGUUGGUCGGCGCCAUCGGCCAUCGGCAUAGCGGGCCUCGGCGGAGGCUUUGAGCUCGGUGUGGAGGUGUCAGACCUGGUGAUCAUUCUGAACCAACGGAGAGCGAUUGAAGCAUUCACGAAGGGCGGCAACCUGACGCUGGGUGGGAACUGCACUGUUGCCGUGGGACCCAUGGGCAGGAACCUGGAGGCGGACGUCGCCCUGCGCAGCACUGCGGCCGUCUUCACCUACUGCAGGUCCAGAGGGCUGUUUGCAGGGAUUUCUCUGGAGGGGUCUUACCUGAUUGAACGCAAAGACACCAACCGCAAGUUCUACUGUCAAGACAUCCGAGCCUCGCGUAUCCUAAAUGGAGACGUUGAGCCUCCGACGGAGUUCUACGACCUUUACCACAUCCUGGACGUGUACACAGAGGCCUACACCACCGACUGGACCAGCAAGAACCUGGUGGCCAGGUCGGUUCCUCCAUCCAGACCUCCAGCUCCAUCCCAGAAGAAAGCGCAGAGCAGCUACCGGCAGCCGAAUAACAGCGAGAGGAAGGACAGACUCUACCCCAGCGCCUCCGUCUACAAGUCGGACACGUCCACUCAGUUUGCGUCCCGUGACCCUCCGCGCUACGAUCAGUUUGACCCCGAACCGCCGAGUUAUGAUGAAGGCUCGUCGUCAGCAUCAGGGGGCGGAGCUACUGGCUCUUUGGUCGUCACGGCGACCCACCCGUUUACAGGACAGCAGCCCGGCGACCUGAGCUUCGUCCCCGGCGACCGGAUCACCGUCAUCACCAAGACAAAUUCCCAGUACGACUGGUGGGAAGGACAACUGGACAACGGCCGUGUCGGGAUUUUUCCAGCCAAUUUCGUGACGUACUGACGUCGCCCCCUGGCGGUAGGAUCGAUGAAAUGACAAGUGGAUCGAGUCGACGGGACGAAAGCUGCAGGCUCUGAUUAUCUGAUGAAGGAUUUUUUUUAAAUCAGAAGGCGCAUGAAUGCGGUUUUUAUCUUCACUCGACUAAAAGGGAUUCAAUAUUUUAGGGAUUUGGCUCAUAAAAUACAAAAGUUAAUAUAAUUAGUGGAGUUGUGGGGAUUUUCUUUAACGUUUCACCUGGAUUGAUUUCAGUUUAACACCAGCUGCAAGUUUUACUUUAAAUAUUAAGUUUAAGUAAAGUUCAUGGUUUUCUUUGUUGGGUAACUUUCAUUAAUUUCAUGUUGAUCUUUUUUACAACGACAGCUGAGGGCAAGUAUUUCCUGUUUUCCCCUUCAAAAUAAGGGUUUGGUUUAGAUUUCUGUCUGUUACAGCAGCUAUGAAGACUUUUAUAUAAGCUCAAACCGUUAUGAUGGUGUUGGUCUCAUUGAGAGCUUUGAAUAAAUAUUUUUUAAACAG